UCGCCUUCUCCGUCCCCUUCCAUUUCCCCCCAACCGCCCCCAAAUUUGGCAAAGAGCAGAGGAGAGGAGAGAGACAGAAAACCCUAGCCCCAUUCGACCACAUCCAUCGCCGGCGGUGGAGAGGAAGGGUAGCAAGGCGGCGAUGGAGAAGGAGGGGAGCAAGGCGGCGUCGGCGUCGUCGGCCGCGUUUGCGGUGCUGCAUGCGGAGAAUGCGGAAGCCGAGGCGUCGGCGACGGCCUCGGAGGCUGAGCUGCUGGUGAAGGAGCGGGAGGUGGAGGAUCUGAAGGAGGGCGGCGCGCAGGGUUUGGUCGCGGCGGCAGAUCUGUGGAAGUCCGAGGCAGAAGCGGCGGUUGUCGCGGAAGGAGUGGCGGGAGCAGCGACGCCGGUGCUGGCGGAUGAUGUGGACCAGAAGGCGGAGGCUGAGGAAGGCGUCGCCGUCCGUGGGCCGGCGGAUGCUGGGAAGGGGAAGGAAGAGGUGGUUGUGCGGGAGGCGGAGGGUGGUGAAGGGUCCAGGAAGCGGAAGCGCAAGGAGGAUGAGGCUGUCCCUGCUCCAGCAGUGCCUGCUCCAGUGCCUGCUCCUGUGCCUGCUCCUGUGCCUGCUCCUGUGCCUGCUCCAGAAGUGCCUGCUCCAGCUUUCCCUGGUCAAUAUGAGCAGUUGGAGGAUUCAGAUGGCUCCCUGGAGUAUGACUCCCAGGAUUCAUGCGAGUCCGUGGACAGCAGGAACAUUGCAUCCUUCUGGACCAAGCUGCUGAAGAAGCUGGAUGCUGGGGACCUCCCUUUCAAGAAGAGGGGGAUGUACUUCUGUCCAUGGCACAAGGUGAAGCCCAGGGAUGGCAUUCUUGGUAGCCUCAGGCAGCACUGCGAGGAGCUAGCCCAUACUGGCAGCUCCAAGCAGAUAAGGGCAGAGCAUCAAGGGCUUCUCAUGGUGCUUGCUAAUGAGGAUGCAUGAUGCCUAGUUCCUGUGGAUGGUGGUUGAUCUGUACAUUUGCUUUUGGUUUAUGAUGUUGGAACUACUGGUGUGAGUUGUGUUGAACAAUGUUUGGUUUGCUUUUGAA